UUUGAUCGUGGAUCGAUAAUUUAUGCUUAUAAUAGCUCGAUUAAUAAUGAUUCUUUUACAAUAUAUCUAUCAGGUUCAUCACCAAUUAUUAUUCUGUUAGUAAUGCGAACAUAUCUAACGAAUGAUUCUGAUGAAACUUUUGCAUGUACAAUGCUUAUACCAAUGCCGAAUAAAAGUAAUUAUAUUUAUUUUAUUGACUAA